AUGGCUCCCAGGGGCACAGUUUUCUGCGCCCCUAACCAAGCAAAAACUGUUCUUGGGAAACGGCCGUCCCCGAUCGAGAACCACUUUUCGUCAGAUGCUUCUCAGCCUAAGCGCAUCACGAUUGAUAUUAGCGACAGUUCCGGCGACGAACGUGCAGACUUGAAACCAACUUCUUUUAGCAAAAAACCGCUUCAGACUUCGUCAAACACAAGUCCUGGGGAUCAGGACGCCACCAGCCCAGACGAGAUUGUGAGGGGUGGCGUUUUGGAAAAGCGUCUGUCGAAUCUGAUCUACUUUGACAGUUCCAGAGCCCCGGCGCUUAGCAAGCUUGUUCCCGGCCGGACUCUCAAGGACUACCAGACUGCGCUCAUCAAGUGCAAUGAGAACAAGGGUGAUGCUGCAAACUGGCUUCUGGAUAAUCCCGCUCCAAAGAAGCAGCGCCAAAAAGAUGUGCGAGGAUUUAUUCGAUCGUUCGCUCACGAUGUGUCGCCCAGAGCACCUUCUCCUCCCGGUUCUGAGGACUCGGACUCGGAUUCUGUUGUUGAAGUUACACCCAAGCCGAAACCUGUCCAGCCGAGGCGACGACUUCAGCAAGGCCGAAGACCGCAGGCCUCUCCGGCUUCGUCGCCGCUCAAGGCCCAGUCGGAGGAAGAGGAGGAGCCGAUUGCUAUCACAGAUGACGAUGAUACCGAUCAAGAGGGCUAUUCCAGCUCAGAGAACAAUGUCGAUCCUGUGGACAAGGCCGCCCGCACGCUCAAAUAUUUGAACGAAUGUGAGCUCAAUGGUCUCUUGGCCAUUUGCGGCAGCUCGAAGGCCAAAAAGGACGCCGCGAGGGCCAUGAUCGAGAGCCGUCCCUUCCGAAGCUUGGCCGCCGCAAAAAAGGUUAGCGUGACGGCUCCGACAAAAGGGCGCAAAUCCAAAGCAGAAUUGCAAGAGGUCGGCGAGGAUAUCGUCUAUGACGUUUCCAAAUUCAUCAAAAGCCUUGAUGCCAUUGAUGAGGUGGUUGCCACAUGCGAGGAAGAGGGCGUGCGGAUGAAGUCUAUCACCGAUCACUGGUGCAUGGAUUCAAGAGGCAGCAGUCGCGCUGGGAAGCAGUCUUUGCCUAUUGCUCGUGAGCCCAAGCUCCUACAGGGCCGCUGCACCAUGAAGUCAUACCAAAUUUACGGCCUCAACUGGUUGAAUCAACUGUACCAACACAAAUUCGGCUGUAUAUUGGCAGACGACAUGGGUCUCGGCAAAACAUGCCAGAUCAUCUCAUUUAUUGCUCACAUUGUCGAAUCUUAUAACCCCAAGGUUGACGAGGUUCGACCAUGGCCCAACCUAAUCGUUGUGCCGCCUUCGACCCUCGACAACUGGCAGGUCGAGUUCGAGAAGUUCGCACCCGGUGUCAAGGUUACUAUGUACCACGGGAAGGACCGUGAAUGGCUUGCCGACGAGAUAAGAUCGGACCCUGCGGAGCACCAUGUGGUCCUGACCACUUAUACCCAGCUCGGCCGGACUGGAGAGAGGGAUCACACAAAGAUCAUAUCCAAGAUUCGACCCAAUGUCGCCAUCUUCGACGAAGGGCACAACCUCAAAAACUCGAAAACCAAGCUAUACAAGGACCUGUGCAGAAUCACGGCGAACUGGAGGGUAAUGCUCACCGGAACCCCUGUGCAGAAUAACCUGAUGGAGAUGAUCAAUCUUUUGAAUUUCAUUCAGCCGGAGCUCUUCGACGGUCGCGUGGAAACUCUCAAGGAUCUUUUCGACCAGAAGGUAACCCUGCAAGAGGUCAGCAACGGAGCCAUGCUUUUUAGUGAUCGUGUCCGCCGAGCAAGAAGUAUCUUGGAACCAUUCAUCCUGCAACGCCAGAAGGAGCACGUCCUGGGGGGCUUCCCUCCCAAGACUAGCAGGGUGCUGUAUUGCGACAUGGAUGCCGCGCAGCUCAAAAUAUACAACGAGUACCGCGAUCGAUUUCGGACCGGCAAGGAUGGUUCACGAGCAGCGGGCGGUGCUGCGAUUGCCUCGCGGACCUCGAAUGACCAAAAUAACGUGUGGAUCCAGUUGCGAAAAGCAGCUAUUCAUUCACAACUAUUCAGGAGGCAUUUUACCGACAAGAAGGUCGCCGAGAUGGGCGACGUGCUUAUGCGCAAAGUGCCGCAGUCGAGACUUAAACAAGACAACAAGCAGCAUUUGAUUGCCGAGCUGAUGGACCUGUCAGACUUUGAGCUCCAUGUGUGGUGUGUCGAUGAGCCAUGUAUCAAAAAGUUUGAUGUGGAAAAAGACUCGUGGAUGAAGAGCGGCAAGGUCCAAAAACUCCUGGAACUUCUCCGGCAAUUCCGCGAAAACGGCGACAGGGCGCUCGUCUUUACGCGGUUCGCCAAGGUGAUUGAGAUCCUUACCGAAUGCCUCUCCACGGCCGACGUACCACAUCUCACCUUUCAGGGAUCGACGGCCGUGGAUAUGCGGCAGGAUCUGAUCGACGAGUUCAAUGAAAACAAGGAUCUGACUGCUUUCCUUCUCACGACUGGCGCGGGCGGCACGGGCAUCAACCUAGCUUCGGCUAACAAGGUCAUUAUCUUCGACCAAAGUGAUAACCCCCAGGACGACGUGCAGGCCGAAAACCGUGCGCACCGCUUCGGGCAAACACGACCGGUGGAGGUGAUCCGGCUCAUCAGCCGAGAUUCGAUCGAAGAACUCGUCUACAAGGCCUGCCAGAAGAAGCUCGAGCUGGCCAAGCGCGUCACGGGCACGGAGCUCCCUGUUGCCUCUGAUGUUGACGUCGAGGCCGAGGUGCGGCAGAUGAUGUUAUCUGAGGAUGGCAAAGCAGAACGAUAG